AUGCGCUCCUCUUUCCUCCUCUCAGCAGCUGCCCUUUGCGGCCUAUCCAUCGCCCACUUCGAAGUCAAGUACCCCGACACUAUCGGCUUCAAAGACGACGACGAAGACAAGGCUCCAUGCGGUGGUUUCACUCCCGACCUUUCCCAAGAUAAGCUCGUCGACUUCCACGUCGGAGGUGAAGCCAUUGCUCUUCGUUCCACUCACCAACAAGGCAACUGGCUUUUCAGAGUUACUCUUGACGAAGAAGCCGACGGCGGUUGGGAACAGGUCUUCCCUAUCGUUCAACAAAGUGGCCUCGGUGAUUUCUGUCAACCUCAGGUCACAAUCCCCGAGAAAUACGUCGGCAAGAAGGGUUGGGUGAAUGUUGUAUCUUCAGCAGUUGAUGGUCUUCUCUACCAGUGUAUUGCUGCCAACUUCGUCAAGGGCAAGGCCGAUGCGCCUAGCGAGUGCAAGAAUGCAUCUUCGGUCAAAGCAUAUUUCGCCGACGAUGAUAAACUUUCUGCCCUCGUGGAUGGCGGAUCUAAAUCGGAGGAGUCUUCAACUGGUACGGCCACAAACACUGGUUCAGCGGCGUCUGCUACAGAAACUCAGGAUUCGGGUGCGGCGCCGCAGUGGUCAGCCAACGGCGUUGGCAUGAUUACUGUGUUGUCCAUGGCAUUCGUUGGAGGCGCUUUGUUUAUUUAG